AUGAGCAGCAACUCACCCCCGGCAUGCAUGGAAACUGACAGCAAGAGGUUCAAAAGAAAUAGCAGGAGAACUGAGGGCCCAUCGAAAGUGAUCCACAUCCACAGGAUGCCAAACAGUGUCACCGAAAGAGAAGUUCUCUGUCUGGCGCUGCCAUUCGGGAAGGUGUCCAACCUAAUGUUACUAAAGGGGAAGAACCAGGCCCUCAUGGAGAUGAGCACGGAGGAGAACGCCAACGCCAUGGUCAACUACUACACCUGGGUGACUCCUGUGCUGCGUGGGCAGCCUAUCCACAUCCAGUUCUCCCACUACAAGGAGCUCAAGGUGAGCAGACCCCGCAGCCAGGUGGGUGCCUCUAGUCAGGGCAGUGCCUCCAGCCAGGCCAGUGCCUCCAGCCAGGCAGGUGCCUUCAGCCAGUUGGGUGACCCCAGCCAGUUGGGUGUCCAGCUAGGCCAGGCAGAUACCUCCAUUCAGGUGGGUGCCCAGACAGGCCUGCCAGCUUCUGAGACCUCAGACCAGGCAGGAAAUGUGGCCUCAGCCACCCCUGCCGCUGUUGUGGACACAGGGACUGCAGUGGCCAGGCAGAGCCCUGUGCUCAGGAUCCUUGUGGAGAACUACUUCUAUCAAGUGACCUUGGAAGUGCUACACCAGCUCUUCUCCAGGUUUGGCACGGUACUGAAAAUCAUCAUAUACUCUAAGAACAGCCGGUUCCAGGUGCUGUUACAGUAUGCUCACCCGCUGAGUGCCCAGCGUGCCAAGCUGUUCUUGGAUGGGCAGAACAUCUACGAUGCCUGCUGCACACUGCGCAUUGCCUUCUCUGGGCUCACUGACCUCACAGUCAAGUACAACAAUGAAAAGAGCCGUGACUACACGCGCCCAGACCUGCCCUCAGGUGACAGCCAGCCCUUGCCAGCCCAGAAAAUGACCACAGCCUUCGGUGCACCUGUCGUGAUCGCAGCUUCUCCACAUGCAAGCCCUGGAGUACCUCACACCUUUGCAUUUUCUCAAGUGGCAGCAGGCCUUGCCAUGCCAGAAGUGUGCAAGGCGCUGGCUCCCCUGGCCGUACCAGAAGUGGUUGUGGCAGCGGCCGCAGCUGCAGCAGAGAGCACAGUCGUCACCUCAGGCUCCCCAGGUGGGGCGAACGCUGUCCUUCUGGUUGCCAACCUCAACCCCGAGAAAGUCACACCCCAAAGUCUCUUUAUUCUGUUUGGUGCCUAUGGCAAUGUGCAGCGGGUGAAGAUCCUGUACAAUAGGAAGGAGAAUGCGCUCGUACAGAUGGCAGACGGGUGCCAGGCUGAGCUGGCCUUGAAGCACCUGAAUGGGCACAAGCUGCAUGGCAAGUCUCUGUGCAUCAUGCCAUCGAAGCACCUGAGCGUGAAGCUGCCCCGGGAGGGCAAGGAGGACCAGGGCCUCACCAAGGACUAUGUCAACUCCCCUCUGCACCGCUUUAAGAAGCCCGGAUCCAAGAACUUCCAGAACAUCUUUCCGCCCUCUGCCACCCUGCACCUCUCCAACCUCCCCACCUCGGUCUUGGAGGAAGACCUCAAGAAACUCUUCUCCAGCAGUGGGGGUUCUGUCAAGGCUUUCAAGUUCUUCCCAAAGGACCACAAGAUGGCGCUGAUCCGGAUGGGUUCUGUAGAGGAGGCCAUACAGGCCCUGGUCGACCUGCAUGGACACCUCCUAGGCCAGAACCACCACCUGCGAGUCUCCUUCUCCAGGAUCACCAUCUAGAGGACCCUGCUGGGCUCACUGCAGACAGCUUCCUACACUAGACAAAAAGACACUUUAAAAGCCACUGG